UCCUUUCCUCUCUUUGCAACAAAAGUUUUUAAACCAAAAUGGCAUCACAAGUGUCUGCAAUUGGAUUUGAAGGCUUUGAAAAGAGGCUCGAGAUUUCCUUUUUCAACCCUGGUCCUUCUGUUGACCCUGCAGGCAGAGGCCUGCGUGCCUUGGCCAGGAAACAACUUGAUGAGUUUCUGGCACCGGCUGAAUGCACCAUUGUUUCUUCCUUAUCAAAUGUUUUACUGGAUUCUUAUGUCCUUUCAGAAUCCAGCCUCUUUAUUUACCCUUAUACCCUCAUUAUCAAGACCUGUGGCACCACUAAGCUACUCCUUUCGAUCCCUACUAUACUUGAGUUAGCCGAUACACUGUCUCUUAGUGUGAAAUCUGUAAGGUAUACUCGUGGAAGUUUCAUAUUCCCUGGAGCUCAGGUUUAUCCUCACCGUAGCUUUACUGAAGAAGUCAUGGUCCUUGAUAGCCACUUUGGAAAUCUCGGUUUGGCCAGCAAUGCAUAUGUGAUGGGCGGUGUUGAUAAAGAUCAGAAAUGGCACGUCUACUCUGCUACAGCCGAAUCAGCAGACCCUGCAACACUGACCACUCCUGUUUAUACUUUAGAGAUGUGCAUGACAGGUUUAAGUAAAAGGAACACAUCUGUGUUUUUCAAGUCCGAGUCAAGCUCUGCAGCUGUGAUGACUGAAGAUUCAGGGAUUAGGAACAUCCUUCCUGAAUCUGAGAUUUGUGAUUUUGAUUUUGACCCAUGUGGGUACUCAAUGAAUGCUAUAGAAGGAGACAAGAGCUCCACUAUUCACGUUACGCCAGAAGAUGGCUUCAGCUAUGCUAGCUUUGAAGCAGUUGGUUAUGACUUUAAGUCCAUGGAUUUGACCAGUUUGAUUGAAAGGGUGUUGGCUUGUUUUCAGCCUAGUGACUUUUCUGUGUCUUUGCAUGGGAAUGAGUUAAAAGAUCUUAACUUGGAAGACAACAAUUGGAAUGUGAAGGGUUAUAAUGUUGAAGAAACAAAGUUUGAAGAUUUGGGUGGAGGGGGCUCAAUGGUGUACUAUGGAUUUGCAAGGGGUGGAAGUAGCUGCGGGUCUCCACGGUCUACUCUGCAUACGUGCUGGAGUGAAACGGAGAAUGAGGAAGAGUAGGCGAAAGAAAAGAAAUAAGACGUUGAUAAAAUAUCAGUUUGGAUGUCUCAGGUGGUUAUGUUGUAGAUGAAGGCUCCGGGUUGGUCUGCAGUUACUGUUUGCAACUGUCUGGAGUCGAUGGGGAAAAAUUUUGCUUCCGAUUUUGGUGUAUUUACUAUCUGGUACUGCAGUAUGGUCCUUUGUUAUUUUCGUUUAUGUUUCGUGAUCUAAAAACAACACUGUAUAUGAUGACUGUUUCAUAUGUAAGUUGGAAUCGUAUAUUAUGAGUGUUGUUUUGGUAA